AUGGAAGUUGCUAACAAUAACAAUCUUAUUAGUGAGAUUGAGUGUAAAAAUGUUCUGAAAAACUUCAUUAAAAUGGUAGUCUCGAUAAUUUGCUACUUGCGAAACCUGUUUUCCGAGAGUGUGUUUGAGGACGCAAAGAUAGGCGACCUUCACCUCAAGAGACUAACCAGAUCAAUUCCAGAGUCAUCAAAUUUAAUUGACUGGAUCGACUACGGAGUCUAUGAUACUAUAAUUAAGGAAUACUUAAAAGCACUCAUAAUUACCAUACAUGAUACAACCAAUGUUCCACUUGAAUCAUAUUUCUUGACUCUUAAUCCAAUCGCAAUUUCUAACCAGGAGGAAAAAGAAAAUAUAAACAAGGAACUUAUCAAGAACAACACUGUGAAGAGCUUAAAAGAAUUAAUUAUCCUGAUACAAUCACUUUCUCCACUCUAUGACAAUAAUUAUAUACCCAAUUUUAAUAAUCAUAUCCAUUACUUAAUUUUAAUUCAGUUAAACAACGGAUACAAUGAGGUUCAAAUUGACUUGUAUACAAUUUCAACCAUCAAUGAGUACUCCACAAAUUACCUGAGUAAAUCAAGCAGUAAAUACAAUACUUGCACAAGGGAGGGUUCUAUAAACAGUCCAAUCAGUGUUGAUAACUAUGAAAGUGAUGACAUGUUAAUCCUUGAGUUGAUUAACAAAUCUGAGGAUCUAAGCAAGAACUGCAAAUACAUAACCAAGUCCUUAAUAUCAACUGGGCUUGGUGUAAAUGUUUCAAUUGCUAGGGUUCUAAUUAAGAAGUUAGUAGCAAUUAUUUACUAA